UUGCAAAUUGACUGAUAAGACGUGAUUGAUAAUAUUAAUAUUAUUCAAAAAAUUAUUCCAUCAGAUUUAAUUAAAACUUUUGAUUUUCAGAUUAAUUUGAUUAAUAAUACUGAAGCUGUGAAGCUUUCUACUCUGCCAUAAUAUCGCAUUCAAUACAUCCAACUCCAAGCUUAUUUACUCAUCAGCAGUAGUAUUGAUAGACCGACCUUUAUGCCGGUAAUGAACUGACCUUAGUCCUUAACUCAUGAAAAAUAACCCAUGUUUAUGUAAAUGUUCGAAAAUUAUUAAAUAAGCUGGAUUCAAUCUUCCAAGUAUUUGUGUAUUCUUAGAUUGAUGAUAACGGUGCUCGUAUUUCAGUAGUUUCGUCAUUAAAGCACUACUUAUAUUAUCUAGAAGUCGUCGUUGUUCGUCGUGCCUCAAUUUUUUUGCCUCAUUCGUUACCGAAAAUCAGUAGAAUCGUGUGUGAUUCAUGUUUUACUAUAGUACGUACGAUAGAUCGUUGAAGUUACCAUGAAAAACUGUACGUCGAGAAACCGAGAUAUUUAGUGUCUUAUUUGACUCUGAACCGAAGAGAAUUCAAAUUGGAAUCCUUCACGUUGGGUUAUUCAAGAUCAUCGAACGAACUAAUUUCUAGCAAAUAAUUCAUAUUAAAAACUUGAAGUGAAACUUUCGAAACUUGGUUGGAUUCGAUGAUCUUACAUUCUACCCGAGGAGUGGAGUUUUUUUCCUCCGAACAAGUGAAACUUCAAUAAUUUGCAUCUUAGCAACCGAAUAGAAUAUUCGAAAUAUCGUUUUAUUCGGUUUGAAAUAUUCAUUUGUAGGUACCUCCGUUAUUGCUCAAAAUGGUGAUGAUUUGUGAUAUUUUCAGUGUAAAACGCAGAAAUUGAAAUUACUUACAUGGGUUACCUGAAUGAUAAUUUCUUUUGUUGGAUUCCAUUACGAUUUCGUAUGUUACCUAUGUUUUCAAGAAUGGCUUUGAACAGUUCGAUGAAGAUGCUGUUUCGGAUAUUGUAAAUCCUUCAUUAAAGAAUAAUUUCACACAGCUGGUUUCUCAAAGUUCUGAUCGUUGAGCAGUCCUUCGUAGAAUAUUUUCGUUGAAAGUACCUGCAUCAUUUGAGUUUCAACAUGUUUUCUAUCUUACGAGGUCGUGCUCAUCUCUCGAAGAAAUUAUAUUUAAUCUAUAACGGUAGAGUACUGCCCAAUUCGCAAAGUUACGUUGAUUUUUUCAAAAGUGUCAGCUCGCGAAAUCAUUGUGAUUCUUCGAAGCAAGUGCUUCGUACUCGUAAUCAUAAUGCUAUUUUAAAACCAGUAUCUUUCAGUUUUCCAAACCAGCCGGAUUUUUUUCCAAAAUCGCGACACAAUCACGCAAACAGCGAAAUGAAACUAUUGUCUACUUAUCAAAAGCACUCUGAUUUUUCAAAAAAGUUGUCUUCUACGAGCAAAGAUAAGAUGGAUCAGAUAAGCACUCUGGUUGAAGAAUGGACAACGCGUUACGAUAGUUUGGGCAAACUCGAUGCCAAUGUUGUCUGCGGUACUUUGAAUACUCUAUCGAGAUAUCGUGUUUUUGAUAAAAAAUGGAAUAAUAAAGAUGGAAAAAACUUCAAAGAACUGAUCGUUAAAUUAGUAGUAGAAGCGAAUCAAUUAUUUGACACGAAUCGUCGAUCCGUUUAUAAAUUAAAACCGUGGCAAAUCGCUCAUACCUUGAACGCGCUAUCUGGUUGGAAUGUAUUUAGAAAAGAUAUCUGGAACGGUACCGAAGUCCAGCUGUUCAAAUCUGUCAUCGUUAAACUAAUCCAUCAAGGAAACAAUUUACUAGAUCGUAAAAACAAAUCAGUCGAUCAAUUCGAUUUUUACGCCGCAGCUAACAUCUUGAACGCGUUGUCCAAAUGGAACAAGAAUGAGUUACAAGGAGCUAACGAGUUCGUUGUUAAAUUAAUGAAACAACGUUGUAUGGCGACCGGUGGAUCCGUUUCAACGCAGCAUAAUAAUAUUGAAGAUGAAAAACACACUUGCAUGGGAGUCGUGAAAACCUUAAAAGCUAUGUCUAAAUGGCACAAUGAGGAAUUACAAGGAUCUAAAGAGUUUAUCAUUCAAGUACUAGCGAAAGGAACUUCACUAGCAAAUAAAUUCAAUUCAAUGGAAAUCGCCAAUGGUCUGAACGCUUUUUCUAAAUGGAAUAUUGAUGAUUUUCAAGAAGCCAAAGGGUUUAUCGUUCUGCUGAUCAAGCGAGGAAACGCGAUUAUCGAUCAAUUCGACUGUCAAGGAAUUUCCAAUUGCUUGAACGCGCUAUGCAAGUGGAAUAUCAAUAAAUUACCAGGCUCUAAAGAAUUUAUUACUCGGCUGGUUAAACGUGGCGGCGCUAUGGCCAAAGGAUUUAAUCCUCAAGAAGUUUCCAAUUGUUUGAACGCCCUGUGUAAAUGGAACACCGAUGAAAUACAAGGAAGUCGAAAAUUUAUCGUCGAGUUGGUAAAAUGCGGAAAUCAAACGGUCGAUAUGUUUGAUUCGCAAGGAGUUUCCAAUGCUUUAAACGCAUUUUCCAAGUGGAACGUCGAUGACUUCGAAGGUGCUGAGAAAUUCAUUAAUCAGCUAAUUAAACGAGGAAUUUCUACGAUCGACGGAUUCAAUUCUCAAGGAAUUGCCAACAGCUUGAACGCUGUUUCGAAGUGGAAUCUCGAAGAGUUUCAAGGAUCCAGAAAGUUCAUCGCCAAUUUAAUUCAACGAGGCAGUGCAACAACAAGUGGAUGUCGUUCACGAGAGAUAGCCAGCAGCUUGAACGCUUUAUCCAAGUGGAAAAUAGACGAGUUUCCUGGAACUACGGAAUUCAUCGUUCAGUUAUUAAAACAAGGUAGCUCUAUGGCUUUUGAAUUCGACUCUCAAGGGAUCUCGAAUUGUCUAAACGCCAUUUCCAAGUGGAAUAUUAACGAGUUACGAGGAUCUAAGGAUUUCAUUAUUCAGUUAUUCAAAAACGGUAUCGCAACGAGCAGUAAAUUUAAACCUGUACAAAUAGCUACGAGUCUGAAUGCUCUAUCUAAAUGGGAAAUAAACGAAUUACCCGGAGCUAGAGAAUUCAUUGUCGAGUUGAUACAACAAGGAAGCUCGACAGUGGACAGAUUUCAUUCUCAGGAUAUCGCCAACAGCUUGAACGCAUUGUCCAAAUGGAAUGUAGACGAAUUCAAAGGAUCAGAAGAGUUCAUUGUGGCGCUGAUAAGACGUGGAAGUUCACUGGUCGACGAAUUCAAUCCUCUACAAAUUGCAGUCAGUCUGAAUGGACUGUCGAAAUGGGACAUCGGAGAUUUUCCAGGAGCUACGCAGUUCAUCGAUCUAUUAGGUGAACGAGGUUGUUCAACAGUUGACGAAUUCCAACCUCAUCAAAUCGCCAACACCCUGAAUGCAUUGUCCAAAUGGAACGUUGAUGAUUUUCGAGCAGUUAGAGAAUUUAUUGUUCGAUUAAUAAAUCGAGGGCAUUCAACAGUCGAUAAGUUCAAUUCUUCAAACAUCGCCAAUAGUUUAAAUGCAUUAUCCAAAUGGAACAUUAACGAAUUCGAAGGAUCAAAACAGUUCAUCAUGGAGCUGAUAAGAUGUGGAAAUUUACUCGUCGACCAAUUCAAUCCUGUGCAAAUUGCAGGCAGUCUGAAUGGUCUGUCAAAAUGGAACAUCGGAGAUUUUUCAGGAGCUACGCAGUUCAUCGAUCUAUUAGCUGAACGAGGUUGUUCAACAGUUGACGAAUUCCAACCUCAACAAAUCGCCAACUGCCUGAAAGCCUUGUCCAAAUGGAACGUCGAUGAUUUUCGAUCAGUUAGAGAAUUUAUUGUUCGAUUAAUAAAACGAGGGCAUUGGACAGUCGACAAGUUUAAUUCUCAAUGCAUCGCUAAUAGUUUAAAUGCCCUAUCGAAAUGGAACGUCGACGAAUUCGAAGGAUCAAAAGAGCUCAUCGUCGAGCUGAUAAGAUGUGGAAGUUUACUUGUCGACGAAUUCGAUGCUCUAGAAAUUGCUAGCAAUUUGAAUUGUCUGUCGAAAUGGAACAUCGCCGAGUUUCAAGGAGCGAGAGAAUUCGUCCAACUAUUGGUUAAACGAAAGAAAACGAAGUUGUAAACCGUUGACGAAUUCUAACCUCAACAAAUCGCCAACAUUAUGAAUGUCUUGUCUGAAGUGGGAAGUAGAGAAUUUAUUGUUUGAUUAAUUAAACGUGGAAGGAUUUCAAUUGAAGUAUAAAACGCAUUCUAAAUGUAUAAAGACGAAGAAUUUUUUCUAUUAUGUUCGAAUUGUUUUUAAUCGUCUGUGAUUUAUUUUCAUAAUAAUACCUACUUGUAAGUAUGUCAGAGCUUCAUAAUAUUUUAUAAUUUUUUAAUGUUACUUUCGUUUUUUUUCAAUACCUGCGUUUACCCGAUGUAAUUUUCAAUAAAUCGAUUAAAAUUAGAACUUAAUUUUUUACCGUUGAAAAUUGUACAGUACCUAAUUUAUUUUAAGAGAAAAUUAACCUCUGUCUUAAAGAAUACAUUUUUUGUCUUAUGAGAAUGAGACUGGUAUCCUAAC